AUGAUUUUGAAAAUAUUAGAAGUAGAUUUCAAUCCGUUAGAUGUUUAUGAUUUUAUUAAAAAGAAAUAUACUAAACCAAGUUUGAAAUUGGGAUGGAUUCCAUAUACUCGUCUCGGUAAUUUUACGAGAAUUACGCAAGGUAAAUUUAGCAUUUUUUAUCAGGCAACUUGUAAGCGUGGUCAUGUAUGGGAUAACGUGGCGGUCAAAUGCUUUUCCAAUACACGGGAUUUUAGAAAUAUUGGAUGGUGGACUAAAUUAAGGAUUCUUAAGUCAAUUUCAUCCGGACUUCAAAUUGUUCAUAACGCAGAUUUUAUACAUCGUAACCUUCAUAGUGGAAAUAUAUUAAUGGAACCUGAUUUAAAGAAUUUAAUCCAAGGUCGAAUUGGAGAUUUUGGACUAUCACAAUCUGUAGAUAAUGUUCAAUCAGAUAAUGAAAUAUACGGAAUGAUUCCUUAUAUGGCUCCAGAAAUCUUUGAUGAUGCUUCAUUUUCUAAAGCAUCUGAUAUUUAUAGUUUUGCUAUGGUUAUGUGGGAAUGUACGACGGAUUAUUGGUAUAAUAACUACAAUAACUUUGGACAAGCCGAGGAAAAACGAUUAGAAUUACUAAAACUAAAGAAACUUGGUCCAUUAUUUACUAAAAAAUAUCCAAAUCCAAUUUAUUCAAGUAAAGUAUUAAGUCCGUUAACUUCCAGAUCAUCAUCUAACAAUGCAAACCAAGGAUAUAUAUCAAAAGAGUAUGAUAUAGAUUUUCGAAGUUUAUCUACAAUAUAUGCAAAGUCAACCAAGGAUUUUUCAAAUUCAGAUGCUAUUUAUACUAGUACACCUUUUAAUGUACUAGGUUCAGCUGUUAUUUCUUCUAUUUCUUCAAUAAAACGUAAUAUUGAUGAAUUAGGAAUUAAACCUCAAGGCAGUAGGAAACACAUUAAAUCCGAUAACUAUUUGAAUUCGGAAACCUCAGAGUCCAAAGAUGUUUAA